AUGCUUACCGUGACGUUUCUGAGCUUGAAUGUUGCUGCUGAACUGAUGGUCAUUGGAAAAACUGGAAAACACGAUCUUGAUACAACUAGAUCAUCUUUUGAUCCGUUUUUUAAAAAACGAUUAACUUUUUCUGAUCUCAUGAAGUUGGUUUUGAGCAAGCCAAGCUUCCAAGUUUACCCUCCGUUUACAAACUUAGACCGGUCUACACGAACUAUUCGAGGCACAAAUGUGGGGCAACGCUCGCUAGGAGAUGCAAUGGCUUCUGAUUUCCACAACUGCUUUCUUUCGCCUGUUCAAUGCAUGCUUCCUAUCAAUAACAUGUUUUAG